CAUAUUUCUCCCGCGUUUGGAGGAACAUCUUCUGCCACCGUAAUUGUUUUGAACCACACCACCUACCAUCAAUCGUGCUCUUACAAGACCUCAACAAGGCCUCGUUCAGUUGUAAAAUACUUCUCUUUCCAUCAAUCAAAUCUUAUUCCACUCUUCUCCAACUCAUACCGUCAACAUGGGUUCCGAACUCCCCACCAAGAUGAAGGCGUUGCAAUACUCCAAGCCAGAGGAGUUCAGCGUCGUCGAAGUGCCUCUUCCCAAGCUCCGUGAGAAUGACGUCCUGCUCAAGGUCAAGGCCUGCGGUGUCUGCGGCACUGAUUUGCACAUCCACGAAGGUGAAUUCCUGGCCAAGUUCCCUCUCAUCCCAGGCCACGAGACCGUGGGUGUUGUUGCAGCAAUUGGCCCCAAGGUCAAGGGUUUCACCAUCGGCCAACGUGUCGUUGCUGACAACUCUGAGCUCUGCGGUGAAUGCUUCUACUGCCGUCGAGGUGAGGAGCUUCUCUGCGAGGACUUCAACGCCCAUGGUGUGACCAUGGACGGUGGCUUUGCCGAGUACUGUGCGUACCCAGCAAAGAGAGUUUUCCCAAUCGAGAACCUCUCAGACGUCGAUGCCACCCUCUUGGAGCCCGCUUCCUGCGCUGCUCAUGGUCUGGACAAGAUCGCUCCCAAGAUGGGUUCCAGCGUUCUCAUGUUCGGAGCGGGUCCCACUGGCCUGGUCCUGACACAAAUGCUUCGGCAAAACGGCGGGUGCCACGUUGUCGUUGCUGCUCCCGAGGGCUUGAAGAUGGAUCUUGCCAAGUCUCUCGAUGCUGCUGACGAGUACGUUGCCCUGUCUCGAAACGAUCCUUCCGCACAGUUCGAGAAGCUCAAGGCCGAUAACCCCUAUGGAUUCGAUAUUGUCGUCGAAGCCACCGGAAGUGUCAAGAUCCUCGAGGACUCGAUCAACUAUGUUCGACGAGGUGGCAAGCUCGUCGUCUAUGGCGUUUAUGCCAACAAGGACCGUGUCUCAUGGCCUCCUUCCAAGAUCUUCGGUGAUGAGAUCACCAUCCUUGGCUCCUUCAGCGAAACGUACAAAUUCCCUGCUGCCAUUGAUUAUCUUGACAAAGGAAAGGUCAAGGUUGCGGGCAUCGUCAACAAGACAUUCAAGCUCGAGCAGUGGAAGGAGUGUCUCGAGGCUAUGAAGAACAAGAGCGCCAUCAAGGCUGCCAUUGUUUUCGAUUAGAUUCGAGGUUAGAGACUGAACUUGGGAUUCCAAGUCGAGUGAUAGAAAACGUUGGCCCGAUGGGCGUCGAUUUGACAGCAUGCCACAUACUUUGUUGUACCUUGUAGAUAGCUGUUGAUACUUCAUGAUCAUAAGGGUCAAUCAAAUAUCACCGUCAGAACUCACCCGGAGCAUCAAGAGUAUUCCGAAAUGAGAC